CAGCAACACGAUGCAACACCUCAAAUUCAUGAGAAGAUCAAUUCCGACGUCUACCCAGAUUAUGACCCUGAAGAUAUUCAGAGUAGUACCGAUAUGGCCGAAACAUCUGACUUCGACCCCUUGAUUAUAUCCCCUGAACGGAUUGCGAUUGCUAAAAAACUGUCAUCGUUGGAUACUCAACACAAAUCUGAGCUUACGAAUGGCUUCGCUUUUGACCAUACUAGUGAUAGUCAAGAAUACCAGGAUGCCAUUGACGAUGAUGAAGAAUUAGAAGGCGGUUCUGUCGUUGCCUUGCUAGAGUUCACAACAGCUAAAAAGGACAAAGUUAUGGAAUCUGUACGUAAAGCAGAUCCCAAGGCCAACAUCAUUGUACCGCGUGGGCCACAUCAGGAGAGAGCUCGUGCCCUUUUCAAUGAGUCGCAAUAG